ACCAUUACACAACACAAGAGAAGCAGAGAGGAGGAGCAAGAAGAAGAUCGGCGGCGAUGGAGUACGAGUACCAGUACAACAGUGGCGGCAGCUUCGGCAAGGAGAAGAGGCCUCCGGCAAAGAGGGGUCAGGUCAAGCUCCAGAUGGUGAGGGCGCUGAGCAACCUCGUGUCCCCAAGCGGCGCUGCUGACGGCUCGAAGCAAGCCAAUCGCAACAGCUUCAGAAGGGAAACAAGCUGAACAAAAUACUACGUAGAUGGGUAUGGCGUGUGUCAGUGUGUGUGACAAGGUGUUGUUUUUCUUCUGAGGAUUUUAGCAGGAUAGUCUCCUUGUUUUUAUAGGGUGAACCUGUUUGAUCCACUGUACUGUUACUUGGCUUGAGUGGGGAAUGAGGUUCAAUGUUAUAUAGUUCAAACCUUGGGUGUGCAUGACAUCACGGUAUGCUUGAGUACCUCA